UAUAUAUAUAUAUAAGGCGAGAGCUUUCCCGCCUAUCCCAUAGCCACUUGCAUCGUUCCCAUUUCCACACUGAGCGCGCGCGCGAGAGAGGGAGAGAAUCUAGAGAGAGAGAGAGAGAGAGAGAGAGAGAGAGAGAUUGAGCUCGGCUGCAGUUCAUGGCAAGAAACGGGGGAGAUGAGAGGAGGCGAGAGGAGGCCUCGACGAGCGCGAGCACCGUCCUGCACGAGCGGGUGCCGGCGCCGGCGUCGGUGGAGGGAUUGGGGCCGACGGUGGUCGACUUCAUGAAUAAGCGCAGUAUGCUGGCCGAGGACGGCGACACGGAGGCUCUCGCCACCCUGGAGCGCAACUUCGUCACGGCCGCCGAUCCUGACACCCUCCUCGCCCUCAUCAGGGCUGCGAACUUAUUUGGGACUGGGAACCUCAUGGACGUCAUCGCCCAGAGGUUGAUCAAUCUGAUGAAGGAGAAGAAGGAUGACGAGAUCCGGCAGAUGUUCCAUAUCGAGAAUGACUUGAUUCUCGGUGAGAAGAGUCUGCUUCAGCUUGCUCACGUACCAGAGAUGGAAACAUACAGGGCGGACUUGCAUGAUCCAUGAUAGGCUUAGUGCACUGAUGAGCUCCUUCAAGGG